AUGAUCGGAAGCCCACACAGGAACGGAACGGGCACCCCUAUACUGUCUGAUGAAUCUAUCCCGGCUGCGGAGUAUCAACAACGCAUUCAAAGAGUACGAAAAGCCAUUGACUCUAAUGGGCUAGUUGGGCUGAUCUCCUUUGGCGAUUGCUGGCGCGGCUCCAACAUCUGCUACUUCACGGAAUUCCGACCUCUGGAUGGAGUAUCUGAUAUCGCCAACGCAAUCUUCUUUCUUGGUGUGGAUGAAGAAGAGCCUGCAUUAUUCGUCUCCAAACAAUGCGUUGACUAUGCCUCCGAAGUCACCACAUUCCCUGUCUACAGCUUUGACGAAAUGAAACCGCGUCUCCAAGCAUUUGCGGCCCUGAUUCAUACGGGUACACUUGGGUUAGCUGGUGCCUUCUACUUCCCGGAAGACCUCGCUCGCAGGGUGAGGGCAUCGAUCGGGGACCUCAGACUGGAGGAGACCCAGGUUCUAGCCGAGAUUAAGGCAAUCAAAAGCCCUCGCGAAGUUGAUUUAAUCCGCAAAGCCUCCGCGCUAACAGACAUGGCGAUGGUUGCCAUCCGCGAUACAUUGGCCGAUGGCAUGCCACAUACCGAGCGGGAGCUGGCUUUAAUUGCCGAUCGCGCCAUGCUAGCUGGAGGUGCUGAGCGAACAGGCUAUGACUCCAUGGUGCAAGCCGGUCCUCGCUCGGCUUUCAAUCUCGCUCGGCCCACUGACCGCAUCGUUCAGCCUGGCGAAUUGGUCAUGACUGACAUUGGCGCCCGUUAUCGCGGAUACGUCGCUGAUGGGGGACGAGGAUUCACGUACGGCAAUGUGAGCGCGGAAAAGAUAGCGAUUGUGAAAGCAGCAGCUUCUGCCGUUGAAGCCGGUCUGGCGGCUGCACGGCCAGGCAUCACGGCUUCAGAUCUCAACAAGGUGAUCCAAAAAGCGUUGGUAAAGUCCGGUUACGAGGAAUACUCCAGCGAGGCACGUGGACAUGGAACAGGCCAUGGGACAGGUAUGGAUCCGGAGGAGGAGCAGCCGUGGAUUGGUCCAGGGAACCAAACCAUCUUGCGCGAGAACAUGGUAUUCACGUUGAAGAGCACUAUCACCGUACCAGGCGUUGGGGGUCUUCGGACGGAGCGGAUUGUGCGAUUAACGGCGACAGGGUGUGAACCGCUAGAUUUUUUCCCAAUGGAGUUAUAUUGGUAG